AUGCCUAUUCCGAUUUUCGGUAAUUACUUUAUGAAUUUAUUUGGACUCAAGAGUAUUACUGUUAUUACAACUGAAUUAUAUAAAAGAUAUCCUAAUGAAAAAGCUAUAGGACGAUAUUGUGGUAAUACACCGGAGCUGAUUGUUCGAGAUCCAGAAAUAAUAAGAGAUAUUUUAAGUGUGGAUUUUGCAUACUUUCAUGAGAGAGGACUAGGUAGAGAUAUAAAAAAAGAACCUCUCCUAAUGAAUAUUUUUAAUGCUGAUGGAGAUUUAUGGAAACUUUUGCGUCAGAGAUUAACUCCAGCUUUCACCACAGCUAAGCUAAAAAGCAUGUUUCCUUUAAUUGUAAAAUGCGCAGAAAAACUUCAUGGAAUAGGCGAUGAAAUAGUGACAAAAGGUGGGGAAUGUGAUAUACGUGAUCUAAUGGCUAGAUUUACAACUGAAUUCAUCGGCGCUUGUGGCUUAGGUAUAGAAAUGGAUACGAUUACCAAUGAAAAUUCAGUAUUCAGAACGGUAGGUAAAGAAAUUUUCAAGCGUUCUUUUAGUGACGUUGUCCUUUUAGGCAUUUAUGAUGUCCUUCCAGAAACGAGAAAAAUGCUUAAUCUUUUUGAUAAAAAUUUAGAAAAGUUCUUCAUUGAUAUGAUUAUGAAAGUUUUCGAGCAGAGAAACUUUAAGCCUUCAGGUAGAAACGACUUUGUUGAUCUCGUUUUAGACCUAGCCGCCAAGGGUAAGAUAAAAGGAGAGUCAAUUGAACAGAGAAAUCCAGAUGGAACACCGAAAGAAGUCGAGUUAGACAUGGAUCACUUGUGUAUGAUUGCUCAGGUAUUCGUUUUCUUCGGGGCCGGUUUUGAAACCUCUUCGUCGUCUACGAGUUAUAUGUUACACGAACUUGCUUUCAAUCCAGACGUACAACAAAAAAUUCAUCAAGAAAUCGACCAAGUCUUAGCAAAACAUGACAAUAAAUUGUGCUAUGACGCGGUAACAGAAAUGCAUUAUCUAGACGCGGCUUUCAAAGAAUCUUUAAGGAUGCUUCCGCCAGUGGGUGUCCUCAAUAGACUUUGCGCCAACCACUAUAAAAUUUCUAAACUUGGCACGACUAUUGAUCAAGGAGUGCGAAUUAUUAUUCCAAUACACGCUUUACAGCAUGAUGAGAAAUAUUUUGAUGACCCUGAACAAUUUAGACCCGAAAGAUUUUUAAACGAUGACAAGAAUAGAACAAGUUAUGUGUAUAUGCCGUUCGGGGAAGGGCCUAGAAGUUGCAUAGAGUUAGAUAAUAAUAAAAAAUUGUUGUUAGUUAAUAUAGUUUAUUUGGAAAAACAUUUGGAUUCAUUAAGUGGAAUUUGGACUGUACGGAAAUUUCCAAAUUUGUCAUCGCUGAUGGACUCGGCUCUCAUUGUCAUUAAAAAGUGCUCGUUUGGGUCAUAUGCAGUCUCUGGCUGGUCUCGCUGCGCUGUUACAGAAGUUCUCAGUGGAACCUUCGGAGAAAACAAGAAGAAAAUUAAAGAUUAA